AAGUGGGAAGUAAGAUGGUUUCAGCUUCUGAUGAAAAAGAUGCAUGUUGUGACACUGCUGGAGAGAAGCCAUCUGAGACAAUCGAUUCAUCUUUGCCAAUGAUGGAGAUUUCUAAUGCAGUGAGCCAGAAUGAACCUCAAGCAAUGAUCACUGACAAAGACGAUCAAGAGUCUAAGAAGUUGGAAGUCUGCCCUGUUCUGUGUGAUUCAACAGUGAAAGAGGGUGAUGGUGCUGAAGCAGUACUUGUUCAAAUUUCUGAAGAAGCAACCACAAAAGAGGGCUUUGAUGAGGCUUCCUUAAAAGUUACAGAUGUGGAAAUUUCAAGAAAAGGACACAUGCUUACACCGCCUGUGCCUUUCUUCUCGGAGGGUUCUUGCUCUGAUAUUGGCAAAGAGUUCAGGAGGAAAAUGGAGCUACUUCAGUGUCUGGAGAUAAGCGUCAGCAGACAGCUGUCUCAAGUACUGGAAGUGAUGCUUUAAAUGGCCAUGAAGGUUCCUUCAGUGCCGCGUCAGUGUUGGAACAUGAUGCUAAGCUUCAUGUGACUGAAGGUGGGAAGAACAAUGCAGACUCUGAUAAGCCUAAUUGUGGCUCUCCUACUGUCAUUAGUUGCAUCCACCUUCCCCAGAGUGAAAAAGAAUCCCAGGAGGGAGUAAGGAGUGCUGUAGGUCAGAAUGUUCCAGUCCCAGAGGUAAUUGAUGGGGUUCCUCUAAAA